AUGGUAAUCCGCUAUGAAGCCAAUUUCUUGAUCUACUUACGGGAAUCACCGUUAUGUACCAAACCACCAAGCCUACCUCCAGCUGAAGACUGGAUGGGACCCCCACCUGAACCAAAUCGCACACAGACAAAGGUUCCUGGUGACCGACCUCGAUCCAACGACAACCCUCUGCUUGACCAGAGUAAUCGCCGCCCUGGUGUUGAGAGACACAUUUCAAGGAAUAGUGCCAACCCUGAAGACCUCGUCUUUGCACCACCCCGAACGGCGUUUGCUUCAGCGCGAGGCAAACCAUCGCUCGAAACGGACAAAGCUACCAAGGAGUCUGACGCUUCAGGGCGUUUCGGCAACUUUAGAAGUCGCAAUGGAGAUCUUGACGUUGACCGAUUCCGCGAUGGACGCAAUAGCAAUGGGUACCGCCGACGUGAAGGCGAGAGCGAAUCAGACGGUUGGAGCACUGUGAAGCCACGCAAGAGUUUUGGCCACGAGGGUGCUGAGCGUUUCCAUGGACGCAUGGGAGGCAACUUCCGAGAUGACAAGCGACAGCCCAAAGAACGUGACGACGCUGCUCGAGAUCGCCCUGCACGAACCUUUGACACUUUCGCCAGAGAUGGAGACGACGAGAGCAGACUUCGAAACGGAACGAACAGGAACAAAACUGAGCCGUGGUACAAGAACGAGUCCAACGCAGUCACCACUCCGGCUGUUGAAGCUACUACUACCCCCGACAAGCGUGAACGAAUUGACCGCGCGAAGAGCUGGAGAGACCGCGAUGCGAUCGCUGAUACUCCUGAUGAUCGCCACAAUAACAACAGUCACAACAACAACAACAAUCGCACCAAUGAUCGACGAUGGGGACGAGACCGUGAUCAAAGAGUCGAGCGUGAGCCUGAAUGGCUAGACGAACCUCUUGAGGAGCAUCCCGAGGCUCAUACGCAGCAAGAUUUCCAGAAGUGGAUGGAGGACAUGAAGAAGGCCAAGGCUGGAAUCCCUGCUGCUCCUGGUAAAUCCGCGAAUGUCGAGGCAGCUGAAGCCAUGAUCGAGGCUGAAAAGCCCCCUGUGCAAUCUGCCCCAGCGGUUCAAGCUGGACCUGAUAAGUUCUUCAUGGCGUUUGGAUCGAAUGCUGGUCUGGACACUCCUCUCGCUGAGGAGACCAAAGAACCUGUCAACAAGCCAAAGGCAUCUGGCAAAUCUUCUAGGUUUACGUCUUUCUUUUCGCAACCCCAGGAGGAGCCUCGAGGCAAAACGGAACCUCCAACUCCUAUGGCAGGACCUCCUGUCAACAGUGGUAUGUCUUUGCCUCUCCCCUUUGCUGGCGGCCCAGCUCCUCCAGCAGGUGGCGAAGAUGAGCGACAAGCUUUCCAGCAACUACUGGCAAAGCUACAGAAACAGACGAUGAGCGCUACACCACCAGGACUGCCCGCGUUUGCUGCCCCUCAAGGUACGCCGCCAAAUGCUGGCAGGCCCAACGCCAUUACCUCUCCCGAAUCUCCUUUCCAGCAGUAUGGACCUGAUCGACGAAUGGACGGUCCCAUUGGCCGAGUCCCUCCUCAGCAUGUUCAAGAGAUUCUUGCACCUCGACCCCAGCCACAAGCUGCUCGCCCCGAGCAACUUCUCCAGGAUCUCGUUGGCCAGCGCCAGCGAGCCCCCAGUCAAGGUUCUGGACGUCCUGAUGCCGCUCGUAACAACAGUAACACUGAGUUCUUGAUGAAUCUCAUGAGAGCACCUCCUGACGCCCAGCGCAAUGAACUGUUGAUGCGCAUGGGCCCCCAGCAGCAGAAGCCACCGCAGAUGCCCCAGGAGCCCGAUUUUCCCAGAGACGACCGUGGUCCUCAGCGUCAAAUGCGCCAACCACCGCCUGGUUUCCCUAUGGAUGAUCGAUUCCACAACCCUCCUGAUGCUGAUGUUCGACCCAAUCAGCCUACGCAGAUCUUGCAACGCCCACCUCCGCCUCCUGGUCUGGACCAUCAGAUGCCUCCCAGCUGGAUGCCUGGUGGCCAAAUGCCUCCUCCUCAGCCGCGAGGUCCUAUGAUGCCUCCCCCAGGACUUCCUGCUGGUCUCGGUGGCCCUGGCGGCCCUGGACCCAACCGUAACAUGCCCAUGCCUCACAUGUUUCCUCCCAACUUCCCUCCUGGCGUGAUGCCUCCUCUCGAGGCCUUGGGUGGCCCUCCUCCUCGAAACAUGCCUCCCCCUGCCUUCUACGGCGGCCUUCCUCCCGGAUUCAUCCCCCCUGGACUCGGCGGCUUCAACGGCCCCCCUGGACCUGACUUCCCUGGCGGUCCCUUUGAAGGCCGCGGUAUGCCUCCUCCUGGCAACGGCCGUGGUGCUGCUUUCGGGAGACCUUAA